AUGGACAAUUUCACCUUCAACUUCAGGCUCUCACUGGAACCAUUUUAUAUUCCAUCAGGAGCGCGGUACCCCAUAUUCUUCAUCGGCCUGUUGAUUUACCUCUUCUGCAUCUCCUGCAACAUGACUCUGAUCGGGCUCAUCAUAACCAGGAGGAACCUCCACAAGCCCAUGUAUUUCAUUUUGUUCAGCCUGCCCCUGAACGACCUGAUAGGCAUCACGGCGAUGCUGCCCAAGGUGCUCUCUGACAUCCUCAUGGACACCAGUGAGGUCUACUACCCGCUGUGUGUCCUCCAGGGCUUCCUGCUACACAUGUACGGCGGAGGGGUUCUGUUCAUCCUGGCUGCCAUGGCUUUCGAUCGCUACGUUGCCAUAUGUUUCCCCCUCAGGUACAACUCCAUCAUGACGCCCCACGCCGUGGUGGCCAUCAUUGCCGUGGUGUGGGGUCUGGACUUUGUCCUGAAUGUAGCCUUGUUUUCUCUUCAGGCCAGGCUGCCUUGGUGCAGGUCAACAGUCCUGAAUGUGUUCUGUGACAACCCCUCUCUGCUGAAGCUGACGUGUGGCAACACCACCAUCAACAACAUUAUCGGCUUGUUUAACACAGCCGUGAUGCAGAUCAUAAGUGUAUCCAUCCAGGCGUUUUCGUACGUCAAAAUACUCAUCACCUGCCUGGGUUCGAGACAAAACGAAGCCAGGAGUAAGGCCAUUAACACCUGCGUGGCGCAGCUGGUUAUAUUCUUCAUAUUUGAAAUCGUAGGCACUUUCACCAUCCUCUCUCACCGGUUUCAAAACAUUUCCCCAGAUUUGCAGAAAAUUAUGGGCAUGCUGAUUUUCCUUGUGUCCCCCAUCCUCAACCCCAUUGUGUAUGGACUGAACACAAAUGAAAUACGGACUUAUAUCCUGAAAUCCUACCAAAUGAAUUUAGCAACUCCAGCAUCUUAGGCAGACUUUCUGCAGGGUCAGACAUGUAUAUGAGCAUAUCAUCGGCAUAUAAUGAGACCUUGUGCUCUGCACCCCCUCUCAAUAUGCCUUUAAUGUCAGUAUUGCUACGUAGCGCAAUUGCCAGUGGCUCAAUGGUUAGGGCAAAUAGAAGAGGCGACAGGGGGCAGCCUUGCCUGGUACCACGUUGUAAAUUAAAGAAAGGUGAGAGAUUGUUGUUAGUUCGAACAGCUGCCAUGGGUAGGAAGUAUAAGACUUUAAUCCACUGUAUAAAACGUGGUCCAAAGCCAAAACAUUUCAAAAUGUAGAAGAGAUAGUCCAUUUCCACGCGGUCGAAAGCCUUUUCAGCAUCCAAUGCUAUCAAAACUUCUUUGCCUUUUGGUGGUGUGGGGUCGUAAAGGAUAUUGAGCAACCUACGUAUAUUAGAGGACAAUUGCCUAUUUUUAAUGA